AUGCUUAAUCUUCUCUCCUUCACUAUCUCUACUCGGCUUCGUGCUCUUAACAAGGUUACUUAUCUCUCAUGUCGUUACUCUUUCGCGUUUUUCUCUACUAUCUCGUCCACUUCGUCUUCUUCUUCCUUGGGAAAUGAUUCAACUUUCCCAAGAAAUUAUGAAGCCUUCUCGCUACUCCACGUUGGUAAAUUGGAUCGGAUUUCGUUGUCUCUUGGUUGGACAGAGAAGGAGAGCCGUGGCUUUGAGGGAUCUUCUCUGAAAGACUUGCUUUUGGAAUUGUCCGAUGUGGUUCCCAAUAUUACCCGUAGAUUCAGAAGAUUUCCUGGAUUGAAACCCGAUAAUGUGCUUGAAUUGUUACUGGGUUUUGAAUCUGAGCUUCAGAGAGGUGGAAUUGAUAGUAGAAAGGUUCGAGCUUUAUGGGAGGUUUUCAGGUGGGCUAGUGGGCAAUACAAAGGGUUUAAGCAUUUUCCUCAGGCUUGUGAGAUUAUGGCAUCGAUGCUUAUUAGGGAGGGAAUGGCUAAGGAAGUUGAAUCGUUGCUUAUGGAAAUGGAAAGCAAUGGAGUUAACUUGCAUAAUGAGGGAAUUUUCUGUGAGUUGAUUGAAAAAUAUGGCGAUGGUUUCGAUUCCAGGAAGGCGGUUUUGCUGUUCGAUUGGAUGAGGGGUAAGGGUUCAGUCCCCUUAACAUCAUGUUACCAGGCUCUAAUUGAUCAUUUGGUUAGAGUUCACAGAACGGAAUCAGCAUAUAGAAUUUGUUUGGAUUGGGUGGAGACAACAGAUGAAUCAAACAAUGUGAACGUAGAUAAAAUCGGGAAAGUUAUCGAGUUGCUUUGCUUGGACCAGAGGGUUCAGGAGGCUAGAGUCCUGGCGAGAAAGCUUGUUGCUUUAGGUUGUAACCUGAAUAGCUCAAUAUAUAGUAAGAUUGCUUUAGGAUACUGCGAGAAGCAGGACUUUGAGGAUUUGUUGAGUUUCAUUGGGGAAGUUAAAUAUGAACCUGAUGUUUUUGUUGGCAAUAGGAUUGUGCAUUCUCUCUGCAGGAGGUUUGGCUCAGAGAGAGCGUAUGUAUAUAUGAAGGAGCUUGAACACUUGGGUUUUAAACCCGAUGAAGCCACCUUUGGUAUCUUGAUUGGUUGGUGUUGUCAUGAAGGAGAUGUCAAAACAGCAUUUCUGUAUUUAUCCGAGAUUACGUCAAAGGGUUUAAAACCUGAUGUGUAUAGUUAUGAUGCUAUCUUAAGUGGGCUUUUUAGAAAAGGAUUGUGGCAACACACCCGUUGUAUUUUGGAUGAGAUGAAGGAAAAUGGAGUGUUCUUCAGCUUGUCUACGUUUAAGAUAAUGGUAACUGGAUACUGUAAAGCUAGACAAUUUGAAGAGGCUAAGAAGAUUGUUAACGAGAUGAUUGGUCUUGGGUUAAUUGAAACAUCUAAAGUUGAAGAUCCGCUUUCGGAAGCUUUUAGAUUAGUAGGAUUUGAUCCGUUAGCUGUUAGAUUGAAAAGAGACAACAAUUCUGGAUCCUCCAAGGCAGAGUUCUUCGAUGAUCUUGGGAAUGGGCUAUACUUGGACACUGAGUUGGAGGCUUACGAGCAGAGGGUGAAUAUGGUACUAGACAGGUCCGUGCUACCGGAAUUUAAUUUACUAAUCAUUAGAGCAUGUAAGGACAGCGAUUUACAAAGAGCUUUGGGGCUUCUUGAUGAAAUGGCUCGAUGGGGCCAAAAACUAUCGCGUCAGGGUUUUUCUGUUUUAUUGAAGAGUCUCUGCACAUCGCGUUCCCAUGUCAGAAUAAGUGUUAGCCUAUUGGGAAAAUGGCCAAAGCUGGCUAAUCAGUUAGAUGGAGAAACCCUUAACUUUCUUGUCCAAGAAUAUUGCAAGAAGGGAUUCAGUUGUCAAAGCAAACUCAUUUUCCAUAGAAUGGUCCAGAUGCACCUUCCUAUCGAUAACACAACUUACUCAUCUUUGAUAAGUUGUUUCUGUAAGAAAGAAACACUCAAUGAUCUCCUAAAUAUGUGGGACACUGCCCAAAAUGUUAACUGGUUACCUGAUUUGAAAAGUUGCGGAGAUCUAUGGGAAUGUCUUGUCCGGAAAGGACUGGUGGGGGAAGCGGUUAAACUCUUUGAGCGUAUAUUGGUUUCUUAUCCUCUAUCACAGUCAGAAGCGUGUAGGACUUUUGUUGAGAAGUUCACAGUUCUUGGGUUUUCUCGUAUCGCUCAUUCUGUUAUUAAUGGACUUGAAGGAGAGGGUUACAUCGUGGAACAAGAGGUGUACAAUCAUCUUAUCACAGGACUCUGUAAGGAUAAGAAUGUUUCAGCUGCAUUUGCGAUACUCAACGAAAUGCCAGGCAAGAAUUACCUUCCGAACUUGGAAAGUUGUUUGAUGUUAAUUCCUCGGCUUUGUGCAGCUAACAAAACAGAAAAGGCAUUUGCUGUAGCAGAGCAAUCUGAUUCAUCUUCUGUCUACUAUGCUUUGAUAGAAGGCCUAUGCUUAGCUGGGAUGAUGGUGGACGCUGAAAAUCAGUUACGGUUAGUGUUAUCAAGCGGGUUUGUAUCUGAUAACGAUAUCUUCGAUUUGCUGUUUCAUGGUUAUUGUAAAGGUAACAACUUGAGGAAAGUUGAGGAAGUACUGGGAAUCUUGGUGAGGAAGAACAUAAUCUGUUCGUUUACAAGUUAUAGAGAAUAUAUUCGGAAAAUGUGUUUAGAGCGUCAGUUUCUCUCUGCAGUUAGUCUGAAGGAAAUUCUUUUGGUAGGAGAAAGCAAUCCUAGUGGUGUAAUCAUGUAUAAUCUACUGAUUUUCUAUCUGUUUCGGGCUAAGAAUUGCUUAGAGGUUAAUAAAGUCUUGCUCGAAAUGCGGGGAAGGGGAUUGUUGCCUGAUGAAACAACGUUUAAUUUUCUUGUACAUGGUUACUCUUCGUGCGGAGAUCAUUCAAGUUCUCUGCAGGAGAUGUCGGCUAUGAUCUCCGAUGGGAUGAAACCGGACAAUCGAAGCUUAAGAGCGGUUAUAAGCUCUUUGUGUGACAGUGGAGAUGUGAUGAAAGCUCUGGACUUGUUUCAGGUAAUGGAAUCAAAAGGCUGGAUAUUUGGUUCUUCAGUUGCCCAAACCAAAAUCGUUGAAUCCCUAAUUUCAAAAGGCGAUAUAUCAAAAGCUAAAGACUUUCUGAUCCGUGUGACACACAAUGGCAUGCUGGCUCCCAGUUACGGUAAUCUAAUCAAGAAACUAUCUGAACGUGGGAAUCUUGACAUUGCGGUACAUCUCUUGAACACAAUGCUAAAGAACCGAAACAUCCCUGAUUCUACGAGUUAUGAUUCAGUCAUCGAUGGCUUGCUGAGAUGCAAUCAAUUGGAUAAAGCAAUGGACUUUCAUACAGAAAUGGUGGAACUAGGUCUAAGGCCAAGCCUAAGUACAUGGAGUGGUCUUGUUCUUAAGCAUUGCGCGACAUGUCAAGUUGUGGAAUCAGAAAGACUAAUCAAAUCAAUGGUUGGGUUAGGCGAAACACCGACUCAAGAGAUGUUCAAGAGUGUGGUUGAUCGGUUUCGAGUAGAGAACAAUACAGUGAAAGCUUCAGAGAUGAUGGAAAUGAUGCAAAAGUGUGGCUAUGAAAUUGAUUUUGAGACUCAUUGGUCUCUGAUUAGUAACAUGAGCUCUUGUAAAGAAAAGAAGACAAAUGGUAAAGGAUUCUUAUCUAGGCUUCUCUCUGGAAAUGGGUUUGCUUGGAAGAGAUGA